AUUAAGAUUGAAUUGCUUUUGCAAAUUGAUAUAAAAUAAAGGAGGUAGUCUUUCCAACUUCAUAAUCACGUUGUAAGUCAAUCACUUACAAGUUGUGAGUUUGUGGCCAUGAUGGCUCCGUGUCGCCUCUCAUUUAUCUUGUUGGCCAUUUUUAUUGGCGUAGUGCUUGCCGUGAACAACGAACCCAACCAUUUGGAAGAUGAAUGGGAUUUCAUCGAUAUGGGCCCUGACUAUGAGGAAAAAACGAUUAAACUUGAAACGCUUGAACAAUACAACAAUUUAGAUGAAGAUAUGUACAGAAGCAUGAUGCUCGAGAAUAGCUGGGAUCGCACUGACUAUGAGGCCUUAACUCCAGAAGAAAGAGCGGCCAAUUUAAAAGAAUCUGCCAAAGUGAUCAAAGCCCAGAACGAGGCGUUCAGAAGUAACCACUCAUCGUUUUUCUGCAAGCCCACUGCCCUGUCCAUUUUGAGCCAAGAAGCCAUGGCGAUCCGCAUGAAGAAUCAAUUGGGCCCAAACCCCGAAGACUCUGUUGAGCCAUUCUCGUAUUUUCUAACCAAUACCAAGCAAAGAGAAACGUUAAGGAAUCAACAAACGCCAUUCAAGGAUAUCCUUCAAAGGUCAGAGGAACGUCUGGCAAACCUCAAAAAAAAGAGGGAAAACCCCCUUGCCCAGUUUCACACUCCCAGUCGCUUUUUGACUGCAGCAAAAGACCAAGGCAAAUGCGGGUCUUGCGCCAUUUUUGCCACAACGGCCGCGAUGGAAACUGGGUUCUUGCUGAGGAACAGGGAACUAACCACCGUGGAUUUGGCAGAACAAACCUUCUUGAAUUGUCCCGUUGACGUCCGUGGAAUGGGAGGUUGCUAUGGCUCUGCUAGUAUAAGUUCACCCGUUGAAUAUCUGAUUAAUCACCGAGGAGGCAACGUUCCCCCUGAGGGCAUGGAUCCAUACAAAGGAAAGGAAAAUCCAGACCAAUGUCUCUCUGAGUAUUACAACGUCAAUGUGGGUGCCAAGGUCACUGAUUACAAAAUGUUCUUCGAUAUCGGUGAGGAAAAUCUGAAAUAUUUGGUGGCCGCUCACGGUGCAGUUAUUGUCAGGAUGACGUUUAUCAGUGAAGAAGCCUUACAAAAAUUUCAGCAUCAUGGAGGGGGUGUCUUUGAUACUUGUUUACACAAUAGUGAGUCUAUCAGUCCAAACUUUCCCAGCUAUCAUGCUGUGACCAUUGUUGGCUAUGGUGUCAACAAUAAUGUGCCUUACUGGUAUGUCAAAAACUCUUGGGGAGCGAAAUGGGGGGAGGAGGAUGGCUACUUCAAGAUAAAGCGGGGUGAAAGUUGCUACGACAUCGGAAAAUUUGCAGUUGUACUAGAUGUAGCAAAGAUGGAUACCAGCACUUUCAGCACCCAAAGAACUUCCACAAAUGCCAGUAAUGUCCAUUCCGAAUUAUAAUAAAAGAGUAUCAGUGA